AUGUCAGAAUCUGAAAGAGAUGUCCUAGAAGCGCAGGGCUUCCAGCUCUGUCAGUGUACUCAUGACAGUAGCGUCCAAAGCUCAGGUUCCCUGUGUGGCUUCCUUCCACCUGAGAAUAACUCCAGGGACUAUCAUCGGCGUCUCCACUUCCCAGAAUCCAAAGGCUUAGGCGCCAAGAGGCCUUCCCCAAUGGCCGCCGCCAUUUUGAGGACGAGCCGAGCCGAGCCGCCGGGCGCCGCGUCCGCUGCCGAAGCCCCAACCACGACGCCGAGGACGCGUAGGCCCCAGCCCCCAGAGCGCGCCCGGCCCGUCGCCCGCCUGCGCCGCCGCCGCCGCUCCCGCCGGCCCCAGGCCCCGCAGCGGCGGCGGCGGCGGCGGCCGCAUCCAGCGACGAGGCCACCCGGCCCGGCCCGCCGGCCGUCCGCCCGCCUCGGCGCCGAGAUUGGGCGAAUCGCGAGCAAGUACGUGCGCGUCUCCCUGCCGCCGCCGCCGCCGCCGCCCGCCGCGGGCCGCCCCGGGGCCACCUCCGACGACGCGCGGGAGGAGGAGGAGGAGGCCGCCCCGCCGCCGCCGCCGCCGCCGCCGCCGCCCCGGCUCGCCGUCUCCCGCCCGCCGGGCUCGCAUCCCCGACCCCCGGCCGCAGGCGAGGCCCAGGCCGCGGCCGACAUGAACCACCAGCAGCAGCAGCAGCAGCAGCAGAAAGCGGGCGAGCAGCAGCUGAGCGAGCCCGAGGACAUGGAGAUGGAAGCUGGAGAUACAGAUGAUCCACCAAGAAUUACUCAAAAUCCUGUUAUCAAUGGGAAUGUAGCCAUGAGUGAUGGGCACAACAACACAGAAGAAGAUAUGGAGGAUGACACGAGUUGGCGCUCCGAGGCGACCUUUCAGUUCACUGUCGAGCGCUUCAGCAGACUGAGUGAGUCGGUCCUUAGCCCUCCGUGUUUUGUGCGAAAUCUGCCAUGGAAGAUUAUGGUGAUGCCACGCUUUUAUCCAGACAGACCACACCAAAAAAGCGUAGGAUUCUUUCUCCAGUGCAAUGCUGAAUCUGAUUCCACGUCGUGGUCUUGUCAUGCACAAGCAGUGCUGAAGAUAACAAAUUACAGAGAUGAGGAGAAGUCAUUCAGCCGUCGUAUUAGUCAUUUAUUCUUCCAUAAAGAAAAUGAUUGGGGAUUUUCCAAUUUUAUGGCCUGGAGUGAAGUGACUGAUCCUGAGAAAGGAUUUAUAGAUGAUGACAAAGUGACUUUUGAAGUCUUUGUACAGGCGGAUGCUCCCCAUGGAGUUGCGUGGGAUUCAAAGAAGCACACGGGCUAUGUCGGUUUAAAGAAUCAGGGAGCGACUUGUUACAUGAACAGCCUGCUGCAGACUUUAUUUUUCACAAAUCAACUACGAAAGGCCGUUUACAUGAUGCCAACAGAGGGUGAUGAUUCAUCCAAGAGCGUCCCUUUAGCAUUACAGAGAGUGUUCUACGAACUGCAGCACAGCGAUAAGCCUGUAGGAACAAAGAAGCUAACAAAGUCAUUCGGGUGGGAAACUUUAGAUAGCUUCAUGCAACACGAUGUUCAAGAGCUAUGCCGAGUGUUGCUUGAUAACGUGGAGAAUAAGAUGAAAGGCACAUGUGUAGAAGGCACCAUACCUAAACUAUUCAGAGGCAAAAUGGUGUCCUAUAUCCAGUGUAAAGAGGUGGACUAUCGAUCCGAUAGAAGAGAGGAUUAUUAUGACAUCCAGCUGAGCAUAAAAGGAAAGAAAAACAGUAAGUUCUGUGCACACAGUGGCCUGCUGACCUUCUCAUCAUUUCUUUGCGGUUUAAUAUUUUAUCGCACCAGUGCUUCUGAUUAGACUUCGGCAUCGGCAGCAAACUGCCACAUGGUGAGCGUACAGCCCACGGAGUGAAGAAGCAGGUCAAGAAAUAACUUUGCUGGCACACCCGGCCCUACCUCGGGCCUUCCCAGUCGCUGCCUCCGCCUCAGAGGAAGCCACUGUUUGGGUUUCUAACACCCCGGUGCACGUUAUAUUUGCAUGUUGAAAAUAUUUACAUAGGAGGUACUGUCUUUCUCAUUGAUUUUGCUCUGCAUUAUGUCUCUGCAGUUUCACCUAUCCUUGGAGUAACAAUAAUUUGGUCAUUUUCAUUGACUUACGAUAUUCUACUUUGAGGAUACAUUACAAGAGUUUUGGAAUCCGCUUUUCUUGAGAGAUACCUGAAUGGUUUUUAGCGUGAGGCUGUUAGGCGUGAGGUCCUUGACCGUGGCUUUUUCUGUUUCUGGUGCACAUAAUUUCCAUUUACUGUG